AUGUCUAUUACAAUAGUAAUUUCAUUGCAAUCUGGUAAUUUACAAGUUUAAUUUGCAUGGUCCAACAGUCAGUAAUUUAAAUGCUAAUUAAAGUGCGAAUAAUUAUAAUAAACGGCUUUGGUAUAGAAUUACACAAAGAAUGAAUAGACACAGCGAAGCCAAAGCUGCUUGCAUGGUCAAAUUUAUAUACAUUGAACUUUAAGGACUAAAGUACAAAGUGAAAGCACAAUAUAGCGUAAGGUAAGGCAACUAUGUGUAUUAUUUAUUUCACAGGAUUAUAGUACUUGGCAUUCACGAUGCCUGUGGCGCUAACUCUGCCCAGUCAACCAGAAUGUUCGUAUGACUAUGAAGUCAUAAAUCAAACGGUUUCGUGCUCCCUGCAAAGUCAAACACAUCGAAGCACAACUCACAAGCGUACAUAGCUUAACAACGACAGUAUACUGUAUCCAUGAUAGUAUAUAUAUUGUUUUUGCAGGUAUAAACAGCUUAAGUAUACCCAUGAACAUUUAGGCCGCGUCAGGUUGUCUGGUUCAUAUAUUGAUGUACUGAAUCAAACAAAGUCGCUAACUCACAGUCACAUGCUUCUUUAAUCGUGGUUGAAUUGUAAAACUCCUUGCGACUCUGAUCAAAUGUUUUGGACCAAACGAGUCCAACAUCGUCCAAACUUGUUGGUCGCAUAUUAAUGUUGGAUGAAAGUUUUAAACAAAGUCAAACCCGCGGGAACCAACAACAGGUUUUGAGGCUUAUUGUUUGGCAGGGGAUGUUUUUGCGUACAAGUGCAGCCAUAACAAAUAUAAAGCUAUGAAUGCCCCCUCUCCUCUUACGCUACCUAGUUUCUAUGAGUAUUAGUUGGUCCAGUGUUAAUUGUACUAUGUACGUAACGAAACGGAAAAACCUGCAGGAACAGUACUCCUGCUGUCAGUUGGGCUCAAACAGGAAACAAUUCUCUCAAUCAGAGAAGAAAAUAUCUAAUCAGACAACUGCACAUAUAUUAAUGUUCUAAUCGAACCCGAUUACAGCAGAGGUGAAAAGCCACAUGACUGAAUACAUUUUAUUGCAAGUUGCAGAAAAAAUGUAAUCCUCGUAUGAAAAUGUGGCUUUAGCGAGCAACUAUUGAUUUUUUUUACUUCAAACAUUAGUGUAUAGCAUUUCUUGUUUCUACGGGUCUUCAGAUUUUGUCCCUGAAAUCCCACCAUAUUGUUGAGAUAAUGCAGUGGUGAUUAGUCGUCAAGCCAUGAACUAAUCGCCACGUUUUAUAGUUUUCUAAAUAACUGUAACAAAAUCAACAUGUUUUUGUAGUUGACCGGCUUUUUAAAAAAAUUAAUCUUGUUUUAUACCUUUAUUGAGUUUUUCGAUAUUAGGCAUAGUUUUCUGAAUGGCAUAUAUUUAGUAAUCUUAAAUUAUGAGUUAGAACAAGAAGGAGCAACUUGUCAUAUACAGCCAAUUCAAAAAAGGUUGUCUUUCAAAAAUCUUAAAACUUAAGGCCCUGUCACACUAUUGCGUAUUAGAGAAACGUAUGAGAAGCGUAUGAAAAUUAAUGAAAUAAUUUUCAUACGCACAAAAAUCCUUUGAAAUGCCAGCGUAUGAGUACCGCGUACAUCUGGCGUUCCUCUUCUAUAUUUAGACUCUUAAACUCGGAAAAUUUGCUUUGCAACAAUGCUUGAGUAUAAAAUUAAUGAUGAACAUUUCCGAUACACGGUUACUUGGUUCAUUAAGCUGAUGUAGUAUCAAGCUCCAAAUAAGCAAUACCCAUCAUACAUUGCGUGCUCAAUGUUUUAGGCUUUUAAAAUUCUUGAAGGACAAGCAUUUUUUGAAUUAGCUGUAUACAUCACAUAUAAUUGACUCCCAACAUUCUUUAAUUCCAUCAGUCUAAUUAUAUUACCUGCUAAAUGCGGUCCAAAUCACGUGGGAUAUAUGUUGGAUGUACACAUAUGGAUUCUUACAGUUUUUUUUAAUAACUUGGCUUUCGACAAUUUGCUGGUUAUAUUCUACCAGCAAGAUUUAAGUACGCAGAAAGCAAGAGUUCCGCAUAUACCGAUACGUGGUACUUGAUUGAAAAUACCAGACCGUAAUAUUAUAUACAUGUACCUCAAGUACGUACAUUAUCCGAGUUAACCUGACAAAACCUGUUUGUAUAACUUUGUGAUGACCCGCUCAGCUAAGUUGGUACCACGUCCUGAAGCCAAUGAUUUCUAAAUAUUAUUACAUGCUGUGUUUUAGAUACAAGAUGGACGAUUCGACUAAUGGUUUACAUGAGAAUGGUGAUGUUAUUUCACAUAACGAAGACGUAGUGAACGCAAACGAAAUGCAAAAUAUUGAAGAAAAUAAAGAGGAAGAAUGUAAAAUAGAUCCAGGUAAGCGAGUCUAUGAGAUUUCAACCAAACUUUAGCAGAAUAAAGGCUUGGUAAAAACAUGAUUAAAUUCCUAUUGCAAAAGUCUGGAAAUCCUUUAUAAUAAUCCUAUAGGAAUUCCUUAUACCAAUCUUAUAGGAAUGUUCUUAAAUCGAAACUUUUGUUGAUAAACUUUGAGUUUGAAAUAAAGUGAUUUCAAAUUCCCGCAAGCAAUAAAAAUAAUUAAUAUAUGCAUAUUAUUGACAAAUAAUAUAUGCAUAUUAUUGACAGCUUGGAUCUGCAUGAAACUUAUUUAAAAUGUGCUUGAUACCAUUAUGUCUGAGCUGCCGUACAUAUUUGGAAGGAUUUCAACGAGAUUGGCGAUAAACAGCGGAGUAAAGUGGAGAAUUUGGCCAAAUACGUCCAUUUCUUGCCCUGUUCUUGUUGUUGUUCCUAUUCUUGUUGUUGUUUUUGUUACAUACGCCCUGUUUUUGCCUAUGCAAGUCAGGUAUGGUCGCCCCAGUCCAUAGGUCUCAUCCAACGAACAGAACGUAUCCAGAGAAGAGCUUCCAAGUUCAUACUGAAUCUUCCCUUCAUGUGCAGCGAGUCUUACCGUGAUAGGUUGAUCACUUUAGAACUGAUGCCGUUAUCAUACUGGCAUGAGUACAUGGAUCUUGUGUUAUUCUAUAAAGCAAUAAAUGAUUGUCAUAUCUGAAGAUGUUCUCCCUAAACCGAUAAUCCCCACGAGAGUAACUAGAUCUUCCAGUGCCAGUGAGUUAUCCUCCCCCCCCCCCAAAAAUGCAGAACUAGGACUUUCCAGCGAUCGUAUACAGUAUUACCCGCGUCACGAGGGUAUGGAAUUGUCUUCCAACAAACUUAAGACAACCAAAUUUAACUUCGGUACAUUUAAGAGUUUAUUACGACAAUAUUAUUCGAAAGCUGUGCACAGUGGUUUUGAUGCAGACGACCCAAGAACACGGAGAUCUAUAUGUUUAAAAAUUGUAACUCUUGUCGAAGUUUGACCAAUGUUAUCAACUGUUGUUUUUAGAUAUUUGUAUGUAACCUUUAUGUUAAAAGGGCCCGCUGUAAUUGGUUUUAACUGUUGUGGUGUCCCCGCCAUUCGUCACUUGUAUAUAUACAAAAACUAUAGUUUUUUUUGUAUUGUAUGCAUGUCAUUCAUGUAAUUUUUACCUGGCAAAGUUAAAUAAAUAAAAAAUAAAUAAAGCAUUAACUAUUUUACAGCAAAGCAGUGAUAAUAUACUUAAAUAAGUACCAAUUAUGUUUCUAUGAAAAAGAUUUAGGAAAAAAGGUAAUGUAGGUCCACUGCUGUUUAUCUGAAUUUGUUGGUCACAAAUUGACGUUUGACUAUGAGUAUUGCAUGGUCAUUUUCUUGUGAAAUAUCAGUGCUAAGCAUUUCACACUUACCAAUGACCACCCUUAAAAGCACCAUAUCUGAACCAUAUAAGCACCUCAGAAAGCCAAAGCUUUUAUGGUUUGGUAGAUAGCACUAUGGCGAGAGCGUCGUUUUUGGUGUGGUCAGCUUCGGACGUUUCGCCCCGGAUUGGGGUUCGGGCAGCGUUACCAUGUCGACCGCCAUGGUCAACUUGCCCUAAAACAGUUGAAAUUAUCUGUCCUAAAUGAAACGCAUACAAACUCAUAUACAGGUCCUAGACUAGUAGUAUAUUUGCAACAAAUGUUUGUGAUUUUGCUGUCGUCAGGGCAGUCGUCAAUAUAUAAUGCAAAUUUUAAAUUCGACCAAUCAGUGUUCCCUAUUCACGACAGUCCGCUAUAUUUUGAGAUCAUUGAGGGUGACCACGCACUCUCGGUGAACCAUAGCUAUGUGCCCGCGAUUAUUGAUGAAAUAACCAUAGCUAUGUGCCAGCGAUUAUUGUAAAUAGCCGGGCGGAAUUAAUACCCUCGCCCCGGGAUUACGCCUGGAACAAGGCCCUGCGCCGUUGGCUCGGGAAUAAAUACAAAAAUAUACAGAAAAUACAGAUAGGCUGGACAGAAUAUACAUCCGGUAAUUUGCUUCAUUUUAAAGGGAUUUAAAACUACCAAUUUAUUGGUUGUUUUAACCAAUUUGCUUCUAUAUUGCAUGAUGUAAUUUUCUAUGACUUCUGUGUGACGCACUUUGAACUGUAACUUUAACAUCUUUUGACUUUAAUAGAUUCGGAAAAACCUGGCAGUUCUGCAGAACCGAAACGUAUUGUGGAAGAGCCAGGUAUGGCAACAUAAAUAUUGUUAAAACGACAAACAAGCAAGGGUUAGUUGACUACAAAAUUUUUGUAGUUCGUUAUUAUAACUACAACUACUUCGAAAAUGUAUAGUCACCUACAACUACUGCUACUUUUGAACAAAGGUAGUUCGCUACUGACUACUGUUACUGCUUAAAAAAUGUAGCGAACUAUUUCGCUACGCUAUGUUUUUAGUUUUACUGUAUUUGGAGCGCCUACUAACUCAGGCUGAAUUGUAACCUAUUGUAUAACAAAUCGACUUACGAGUAGCAACAGUAAACACAAACCAAAAUUGUUGUAAGCACUACGGUGUUCAAGAGUGCAAAUUGACUAUUGAGUAUUGAAUUUAAGCAAACCGUGUCUCAAUACUAUGCUAUUCUAUCAAGUUGCUAACAAUUUAAAAAAUUAGCGAAUAGCGAUUUGCUGUUUGAAAAGUAGUCAACUACUUGGCAACUUUUAGGCAAAAUGUAGUUCGCUAUAAAUACAGCUACUGUACUGUUUUAAAAAAGUAGUAAAAAACUACUGGCUACUUGAAAAUUGUAGUUCGCUACAGUAGCGAACUACAACUACUUCGCUACUACCCACCCUUGCAAACAAGUCUUUCAGCAAUAUAAAGUCUGACAAUAAACGUUAUUUAUCAAUCGCAAUCGGGGCCUCGUAUUCUAGGAAACCGGAAUAAACGCGGGAAAAUAGACAAAAUGUUAAAUAUUUAACAAUUAUUCGCCGAAAGCGAAGUGAUUAUAAUGAAAACAAAAUAUCUAAAUAUCAGUUUAAUAAAAAUUCAAAAAAUUUUCGGCUACAGUUUUAGUGGUGCAGUAUUUCUUGCGUACACGCUUUCAAAAUGGCUUCCUGUGUGACUUUAUUGCUUUAUUACAAAGUUGUUUUUCUCGAUUUCUGCUCAGAAGAUGAACACAAUGUUGGAACGACUUUUUCACCAGACUUAGAAUUAAAAAAUAGUUUCUGUUUAGCGUUAAUUUGUUCAGGAAAUUAUUGAGAAAAUUAGUAAAAUGGAACUGUAAACCUAUUGCUCGACUCCCUCGAAAUAAAGUUUUAUACACUUUUUACUUUACAAGUUUCGAAAACACGAUACAUCGAAAAUAAUACAGCACAAUGAAAACAUGACAUAUCAAAAUAAAUAGUAUCGUACGAAUGAGAUGUCUACAGAAUAGGAAACAAAAUGGUUUUAAAAGAAUAUCACGGCAAGGUUUUCAUCAACAGUCGGGAUAGUUUUUGCUAUUUGAUUGAAGUGAAUGUUUCGGAGUUUUAAGUAAGUUUUAAAUUGUCCAUCAAUAUAUUUGACACAGUAAAAUAAUAAAGAAUUCCUACCUUUCAAGUUAAAUACAAAAUUUUGUGCUUCUUUCGUUUUUUUUUAAUAUUUCGUCGAUUUUGAAACCAAACUUGCCGAAUAGUUCUUUUUCAAAAACAUUAUUUACUAGUCAGCUGGUAAAUAAUGCGUCACUGAUACUAGUCAACUAGCCAAUCAGAACGAGCGAAAGCUAAUUUGAUAUGCAAAAUUGAUACUAAAAGUUGAUAACUAGAAAUGCAUGCAUGCAGUAUCCCCCUCGCCUAUAUUUUCCAAACAUUGAUUUAACAUGCAUGAAGUAUUCAUAAUUGGCCAACACUGAACGCAGGCUCGCGUUGUGACGUCAUUUGCUGCCAUGACAAAACGAUAUUUUUAAAUUUUAAUUUUUUUAUAUUAUUUGUACAAAACAGCAAAAUAAUUUUAAAAGACUAUUACUUUUAACGAUAAACUGUUUUUACUUAAUAAAACCACAGAGUAGAUACUGUGCACUCUUUGAUAAAACAAAAUAAGUUCAAAUUGUUGAGUAAUUUCAUUUAGAUCUUCAAAUUAAUUUGUUCUCCUUUACAUUUUACCUUUUUUAAGCUGCAUGCAAGAAAACUUCCAUUAUAUUUCACGAUUUCUCAUAGACCUAGUAACUCAAUUCUUCUCAUUUCUUCAAAUAAAAAUUUCUUCAAAGCUCAUUGUGUGAAACGUGACUUUCCAAAUAUUUGUUUUUGAAAUUCAAAAUCUUGCUUAUUCCACUCCUGGCAAACAGCUAUAUUUUUUAGAGCACCCCUGAUGCCUCCGCGAUUAUUGAACCACUGCUCGAAUGGGUCGAAAUAAAGUUUUUUUUGAAUUUUGUAUCGGACGAACCGGUGUCUCAAGGAGUACUGAUUUCGUAAUAAUUACACUCUUUUGUCCUACCAACGGAAGAUUUUAAAAAUUAACUUCUACCUCACACAUUUUUGAGGCAAACUCAUAUCAGUUUAUCACAAAUUUGCCAGAAACUAAUUACGAAUAAAUUAAAUAUACAUUUUGUUAUUGAUGUAAAUGGGAACGCAACCUGGUAACACGACGCUAUUAUGACGUAUGUUAACAAGACUGAGUUAUGUGACAGGUGGGGUAACCAUGCAUGUAACGCAUCUUAUGUGACGUAUGGUAAGGCGACUUGGUAACGCGACGCUAUUGUGACAUCAUUGGCGGCAUCCCUUUGGUCUCCAGACGAGGGCCUUCCGCCGCCAGAGUCGAUGCUAUCUGAACAAGGUGAUGUCAUAAAUUUCGCAAGCUCAUUAUAAAAUCCCCCAGAGUGGGGUCUAUACAUUGAACUAUAAGUAAACUGGAAGGCUAACUCAAGGGGGGGGGGGAAUCGAAGCCAGUGCAUUUUAGUUUUUCUGAGUUAUGAGCAGAAACACUGAACGUUGGGCUAUAUAUCAAAUUGAGGCUAUUGGAAAACGCUAUUUGGUGUAGAAACAAACAAACAUAAUUACCGAUAAUUUGCCGUUUUGCAGUUGUUUUUGUAUUUUUUAAAUAUUUUUCUUUUCGCUGAAAUCUUGACAUUUCCACACCGAAUAGCAAUUUUCAAUCGCUUCAAUUUGAUAUAUAGCUCGACGUUUGAGGUCAAGUAUUUCUGCUCAUAACUCAGAAAAACUAUUUUGGCUUCAUCAAAUCAUAGGCCUUCAUCAUAGCAGUUAGCCUUCCAGUUUAUUUAUAGUUCAAUGGGUCUAUAUUACUAGUAGUAUAUGUUCGAUUUUAUACGUACGGAAGUAGGCAAAUGUUAAAUAUAUCUGCUACUUCUCCCAACAUAAUUAUAUUUAUAUAUUUGUUACGAUUUAAAUUGUGCCAAACACCCUUGAAACACUAGAAACUUGUUAAUUAUAAAAUUUGUUCACUAAUUUGUUUCUAUAUUUUAUUUGAUUUUAUCCCCUACGCAUAACACAUUUGUAAUGUAACUGUAACAACAACUGUAACUGAAACUAGUAUAUUUUGUGUUCAAUGUGUAGACCACAGUAAGACUAUUUUUAAAUAUGGUUAUUACAUUCACAAACUGUAACUGUAACUUUAACAUCUUUUGACUUUAUUAUCUUUUUACUUUAAUAGUAUUGCAACGUGCAGAAGCACCAAUAGUAGGUAUGGCAACAUAAAUAUUGUUAAAACGACAAUAAGUCGCACCAGUUUAUUUCAAAACGGAGAGCUUUCAUAUUACAAGAAUUACAGUUCAACUGUCUAACACAUAAAAUAGGGCGUCGUAUAUAAAUGCCGAAAAAACUGACUAGGUCAACGGUACAGAUACAUUAUAUUAUUAAAGAUCAUUAUAUUGCAAUGUCCAUAAUGUGGAGGCGCCUCAACGAUCCUCCAUUCAUUAAAAUUUUUUGAAGAAUUUAAAAAUUCGUUAGGCCGAGUCAUUUAACGAAUGUUAAUUGAAUAAUGGGACCAUUUGCAUUACAGACUAAAUUUUGAUCUAAACAAAUCUAGACAAAAAUUUCAUCACAGCUUGAAAGAGCAUCACAAAAUUAGUAUAAUAUUCCAAGUUUCGUUGCGAAAUGUUGCAAAAUGCGGAUAAUAUAGCCUUGCGAAGUUUGCCGGUUUUCAGUCAUUUUGCAUUACGCGGGAGAAAUUGACAGCCCAAUACCCUUUGAGCAAUUUGGGGCUGUCAAUUUCCCGUUUGUAAUAAAAUUACUGAAAAACGGCAAACUUCGCAAAGCUAUAUAUCAUCCGCAUUUUACAACAUUUGGCAAAGAAACUUUGGAAAAUUACUAAUUUUGUAAUGCUCUUUCAAGAUGUGAUGAAAUUUUUGUCUAGACUUGUUGAGAUCAAAAUGUAGUCUAUAAUGCAAAUGGUCCAUUGAAUACAGUAAAAACCCGCGUAUAAAGUGAUAACAAUGGAUUAAAAACUGUGCACCCACCUGAGAUUUACGCAAAUUUUGGGAAACUAAGCAAAGGGUUUCGUCUGGCUGGUUUCAUCACAGACACACUUCUUAUCCCUUUGGUAUUAUAUCACUAUGACAUGAUAGGAUGAUAGAUGAAUCACUUUCAUGCUACGAUCGAUAUUUUUGUAAAAUACUGACAAAGAAGCAAAACGUAACGAAGCAUGGUCCCUUACAAGCUAGAUUUUCGAGCGACUAAUAUGAGAAUUCUAAUUUGUUUUUAUAAAGCUUGCCCGUUAUUUGGUGUUGUAGUAGCAAGAACGGGGAUGAGACGAAUUGUUAGCAAUAAAAGCUUUUCUCAAAGCGACAUGGAAGAUGAAG